CUCGCCGCUGCCAUGGUAACGGCAGACGCUGCGCUGGAGCUCGGCUCCCCGGGGACCGCAGCAGCCGUUGGAGACCGCCAGGUGAGCAGUAGAUAUGGAUCUAGACAGCGUUUCCUCAUUCUCUUCUCUGCAAGCUCUUGCUAAACUGCUUGCUGACCCUCAGGAAGAAGACAGUGAUGACAGUGACUUCGGGUCACAUUCUUCUUCUGUUAGCACUGUGGGUCCCGGAAAUAUCGGACCAGCAAAGAAAGCAGAGCCCACAGUCACCCCUGAUGUGAAGUCUGGAAAUCGUAAAGAUAUCUGGAAUACAGAGGAGGUGCCAGAAGGAUCAGAGUUUGAUGAUAUCUGGGAUCCAAGGGAACAGCCAGAUUUUGUCUCUGCUAGGUAUGAGAUUUUAUUCAAGCAGCAGGUAGGAGCAGAGGACAUCUUCCUGGGGAUGAGCAGAAAGAACCCUUCCACAGCCUGUUGCGAGGACAUGCUGAUUAAAAUCAAACUGCCAGAUACAAAGUCUUCAGACAUUACACUUGACAUCCAGGACAAGAUUCUUGACCUUCGAACCCCAAAAAAGAAGCUGCUACUGCAUCUCCCCCACCCUGUGGACAGCAAGAAUGGCAAAGCUUCUUUCAUUUCAGAAAAGGAGACCCUGGAAGUCACCUUGAGGAUGAAAAGAGAGUUUGACUUCAUCAAUUUUGCCUAAGAGAAAAUGGGGAAUGUUUUCAAACAGUGAUCUAUAUGGCUACCUGAUUGAUAGCCAUACGUUGGCCUAUCCCCCUUGGGAAUGGUUCAGGAAGGAUAGAUCCUUCCACUGCAGCUCCUAGUUGUGCAGUUAGGCAGUGUGAUGAACCACCCCAUAUGUCUAUUGGCGGUGAAUAGGAAUCAGAGGUGUCUCUGAGCAAGUAUAGUAUAGUAUUUCUAUCUUUGUGCAAUUCUAUCUCUGAGCUUGGGAUCCCAGCCUUACCACACAAAUUCUCCGAACUCCUGAAUUUUCUCUGAACUCAUCUUUGUGAGUGAGUGUGACCCAGAACACUAG